AUGGUUGUGCGUCUCUACUGCUUUCAGAGCAUGCAUCGACUGGGUCCGGGUUCCCGAGCUCGAGCACGGGCUGAAAAAGGGGGCAUUCAGGGGCCUCCAUCCCGAUUCAUGGUAGGCCAAAUAGCUGAAAUCCAGAACACGAGGAGCGCCAUCAAGGAUCACGACAUGGAAAGUUUCAGCCACGACAUUUUCCAUCGGGUACAUCCUGCGUUGCUCAAAUGGCGGAAGCAAUAUGCCAAGGAUAUCGGUCUCGAGAUCGUAAGGGAGGUUUUGUCUAAGAAGUUUUCUCAGUUUGAUAAAUCGGAGGCCGGGCUGCGGUUGGCGAACUUGUUCCUUGAUCGUGGAUUAGUUUCUGUUACUGGAGAGGAAUGGAGUCAUGACCGCCGACUCGUAGCACCGGCAUUCUUUCAUGAACGUAUUAAACAAAUGACCGGUGCAAUCGCAGGGUGCGCAUCUCGCAUGCUUGAUCAAUGUGAAGCUAGAAUCCCGAGAUUGAAAUCUCUGGAGAGGUGCGUAAGCUCACAGGAGACGUUAUCUCCCAUACAGCAUUUGGAACUAGCUAUCUCAAAGGGAAGAGAGUUUUCGAGAUAUUGUCUAAGAAAAUCCCAGAGCUACUGCCCAAACUCGUCAGCUUUUCCUGGAUUCCAGGCUUCAGGUUUCUCCCACUUCCAAUCAACCUCCGACUGUGGAAGCUUCAUCAGGAGUUGGAUUCUCUGAUCACUGGGAUCAUAGACGAGCGUCGGAACUCAGUGAAGUCAGGGGAAAGCAAUACAUACGGGAAUGACUUACUCGGACUGAUGCUGAAGGAGUGUGACAGCAGCAGUAAUUUCACAAGCAGGGAUCUGAUAGAGGAAUGCAAGACGUUCUACCUUGCGGGCCAUGAGACCACAGCCACCUUACUAACCUGGACUUUGAUGCUACUGGGAGGCUAUCCUGAAUGGCAAGAACGCGCCCGUGCUGAGGUACACGAAGUAU